AUAACCAUGAAAACUGCAAAAAGCUUCCAGGGGUGGUGCGGCGUCAUUUUGCAGGUUCCUUGGGUGAUGAUGCCUCGGUAGGGCGAAAAGCCGCCGAGCAGCACAGAGGGGCGGGGGCAGAAGGCAGACCGAGAAAAGGCAGCUUUAAAACGUUUGCUUUCCAAGGCGAGAGGGCUGCCGGCGAACGACCCGCCCUGGGGCAGGGGCAGGGGCAGCGCCCGGAGGCAGAGGCGCCGCUGCCUCCCCUCAGCCCGGGCUGUGUUGGGCAAGGCGGCAGGUGCCGGCAGCAGCAGUCGCCGCCUCCUUCUUUUCAAAACCGCCAGAGCCGGCUCCACAGCCGCGGGGCGGGGCGGGGCGGGGCGGGAGGCAGCCGCCCCCUGCCCCGAGUAUUUAGAAGGGCCGGUCCCGGGCGAGGCUGUCUCUGGCUGGAGCGUGGCUGGCAGCGCCAUGACGCGGGAAGGCAUCGCGAACCCGGCUUUCGAGCCCUCCAGCCCCGACCUCCGUCUCCACCCCAGGGCGCGCGCCAGCCGCUCCCGCCUGGCUCCCGGCCGCCCCCCGUCGGUGUGUGAGGAGGGGCCCUGCGGGUGGGGCAGCUUCACGCCUAGGGCUCUGCAGCUGUGCAACAGCCCCGAGGGCUACCUGAGCGCCUACAGCCUGCUGGCCGUCUUCCAAGGUAUUGUGGUGAAUGGCCUAGUAAAUGUUAGUAUUUCCACUAUUGAAAAGCGUUUUGAGCUGAGCAGUUCCCUCACUGGUGUCAUCUCUGCAAGCUAUGACAUUGCUUUUUGUGUAUUGUCGCUGUUUGUAUCUUUCUUUGGAGAAAGAGGGCACAAACCAAGAUGGCUUGCCUUUUCUUCAUUUAUGAUAGGAUUGGGAUCACUUGUGUUUGCCUUUCCACACUUUGCCGGUGGAAUAUACCAAUAUGGAUCUAAACUUGAAGAUACCUGUCAAUCAUCAGGAACUAACAUUGCUAACUUCAGUUGCAAUACCAGCAAAGAGUCUUCACUCUCCAAUUACCUCUAUGUCUUCAUCCUGGCACAGCUGCUACUGGGAGUUGGAGGAACUCCCCUGUACACCUUGGGCACCACCUUCAUUGAUGAUAGUGUCCCAAAACACAAAUCUUCUCUCUAUAUAGGAAUUGGCUAUGCCAUGUCAUUGCUGGGUCCUGCCCUUGGCUAUGUAUUGGGAGGGCAGCUGCUUAAUAUCUAUAUUGAUGUCCCUCUUCAAACAAGCACAGAGAUUGAUUCAGAUGACCCACGGUGGCUUGGGGCUUGGUGGAUAGCAUUUCUCUUGUGCUGUUUUGCAACAUGGCUUCUGAUAGUACCUUUUUCGUGUUUUCCAAAGCACUUACCAGGAACAGCAAAAGUACAAUCUGAAAAAAUUUCUGAAACUCAUCAUGAUGGAAGUGCGGCAUUUGUUGAAGACAGGAAUAUUGGGAAAAAUUUUAAAGAUUUUCCAGUGGCUCUUUUGAUACUGCUGAAGAAUCCUGUGUUGAUGUGUUUAAUAGUAGCUGCUUCUACAGAAGCUUUAGUUGCCACUGGCUUUGCCACAUUUCUGCCAAAAUUUAUAGAAAAUCAGUUUGGACAGUCAUCCAGUUAUUCAGCAACACUAGGAGGGCUUGUAUUAAUUCCAGGAGCAGCACUAGGCCAAAUCAUAAGUGGCAUCUUGGUUUCCAAGUACAAACUGGAUUGCAAAAACAUAAUCAAGCUCAUAUUAGGCACUUGCUCAGUGGCUCUAAUAUUAAACACAGUGUUUGUGUUUUCUAAAUGUGGGAAUGAACCAUUUGCAGGUGUCUCUGAAACAUAUAACAGAACAGGCAAGUUAAGGAACUUGACUGCACCAUGUAAUGCCAACUGCAACUGCUUACGCUCCUUUUAUUACCCAGUUUGUGGCAGAGAUGAAGUCCAGUAUUUUUCUCCCUGUUUUGCAGGAUGUACAUCAUUUACUAUUCAAAAAAGGAAAAAGACUUACCAAAACUGUUCCUGUAUUGGGAUGCCAAAAAGAUUACUUGAUGCAGAAGAGGUCCCUUUUGAGGCUCUGGCUGGGAAAUGCCGAACACGAUGCACGUUCUUGCCUCUAUUCUUGGGCAUUUUCUUUUUUGCUGUUGUUUUCACUUUUAUGGCUGUUACUCCAACUACUGUGGCCAUCCUCAGGUGUGUGCCAGAUAAACAGCGUUCAUUUGCUCUGGGAGUGCAGUCAGUGUUUCUACGAUUAGUAGGCACUAUUCCUGGACCAAUUUUGUUUGGUGUGGCAAUAGACAGUAGUUGCACUCUGUGGGAUGUUAAUAAAUGUGAUAUUAAAGGAGCCUGCUGGGUCUACAACAACUCAAAAAUGGCCUACAUGCUGAUUGGUAUAAGUGCAGCUUGUAAAGUCAUCUCUAUCCUUUUUACUGUCAUUGCAUUCUGCUUAUAUAAACCGCCACCAGACAGUUCUGCGACUUCGCAAAAGGAUGCUGAAAUGGUGUCUGCUGUGCACAUGUAAAACUUAUGAGAAAACCAGGAACUUUAAAAGAAACCAAGAAUAUACACAGCUACUGAAAGAUAAGCUGUCUGAGAGCUUCAUGUUGCAAGUGCAGCAUUAUCUGAACUUGAUUUAAUUCUUAAACAGCUUUAAAUGAUUUUAAAUAUUGGUGGAUACUUUGUGUAACAUAAUUCAAACUGAGGAAAUUUUAUAUUUCAACAAUGUAU